AUGGAAAAACCAAUUGCAACUGAAAAGGUUAGUCAUUACGUUUCUGAUGAUCUUACAUUAUCUAUUCUGUCAAAAUUGCCUCUUAAAUCUUUAAAACGAUUUAGUUGUGUACGCAAAUUAUGGUCACUCUUAUUUGAAAAUCCUAUUUUCAUGAAUGUGUAUCGUAACAAUUUCAUAUCUAGUGACAAUUCUUAUUUUGACGAGGGUUCAUGUUUUCUUCUACAAAAAGAUCUGCCAUAUCUUCCAUAUGUUCUCGAUGUUCCUGAGUUUUAUUUGAUUUUUGGUAAAAGGUUUGAGAAUAAGGUCAAAUUAGAUUGGCCACAUCUAUUUCAAGGGGAUAACCAAGCUGUACACAUUCUGGGUCCUGUUAUUAAUGGUGUCGUUUGUCUCUACCAAGGACAAACACCUUGUGUUUUAUUAUGGAACCCAGCUACCCAAGAAUCAAAGACCCUUCCUUCCAGCCCUACUGAGUCAUCGAUAAUUUAUGAGGGUGGAACUUUUUUUUAUCAUGGAUUUGGUUAUGAUUAUGUUAGAGAUGACUACAAAGUGAUUCGACAUGUAUCUUAUCGUUUAUAUCUAAGUGACUUUGAGGAUGAUAUGGAAGGUAAGCCAAUCAAAGUGUCACGUGAUGACACAUGGGAGAUAUGUAGUCUAAAAAGCAACUCUUGGAAGAAACUUGAUCUAGAUAUGCCUAUUUGUAUUCAUGCUUAUGUAGGUGUCUUUGUGUCAAUGAAGGGAAUGUGUCAUUGGCAUGGUGACAAGGACGGUGAACCUUCUUUGGUGUCAUUAGAUUUACAUAAUGAGGUGUUUUAUACAACACCUCUCCCUUCAAAUUCCUGGGAGAUACUGAGACACUUGAUGAUAUUAAAUGAGUCCAUUGCUUUAAUCUCAUAUUAUGUAGGGACCACUACUUUUCACAUAUCAAUUUUGGGUGAAUUUAGUGUCAAAGAAUCAUGGACUGAACUCUUUAUUAUAGGUCAUUUACCUUAUCUUGAACAUCCUAUUGGAGAGGGAAAUAAUGGUGAUUUAUUCUUUAGAAAAAAAGAUGAUGAAUUAGUUUUGUUUAAUUUGAGUACCCAGAUGAUUCAAGAGCUUGGCAUUAAAGGGCCACGGCAUUUUUGUCAAAUCCUCAUUUAUAAGGAAAGCCUUUACCCCAUUUAA